AUGGCGGCCACGAGUGUCGCAUCACGCACCUCCAUGUUUCUGUCUCCUGCUCAGACCAGCCUGAAGGCUCAAGCUGCAGGCCUGCAGGACUGGACUGACGGAUCCUUGAGAAGUGUUUCUCUCCGCAAGAACAGCGUCGCUGUCACUAAAGCUCAGACUGUCCAGAAGAAGGCUAGUAGAGGACCCCUGGUGGUGAAGGCAGUGGUUCCUAAGAAUCUGGUGGAUGUUAGCACCAUUGAUGAGCAGAAGUUCGAGGCAUUGGUGCUGCGACGGGUGGUGUUCGGUCAUGAUGACUGGAAGAAACACAAAUCAAGCGGCCGGUACUUCCGUCACAUGAAGACCAUGUUUACGUCUAAGGUUAUCGGCGCGCUCGGACCCGCGGUUUCCGUGAUGACUGGAAUCGCAGCCGGUGUGGUGGGGUGGAAUGAGCUGGUCACGAUGGGUGCAUUGCCCGAGUGGGUCCCCGUGCUACACAUGUCCAACCUCCCGUACACCCUCACCGCACCUGCUCUCGCCUUCCUUCUCGUCUUCCGGACCAAUGCCAGCUAUGGCCGUUUCGACGAGGCUCGCAAGAUGUGGGGGCUCAUGCUGAAUCGCACGCGCGACAUCACGCGACAGGCGCUGUCGUACAUGGCUCGCGACCAGUACACGUACGAGUACCCCAAGCGCGCUCAAUUCAUCCGCCACCUGCAGGCGUUCGCCCUCACCUACAAGCACCACUUCCUGCAAGAAGGCUCUCUGGAGGAAGACCUUCGUCAAUUCACCACUCUGUCCGACGGGGAGAUCGCAGGGAUACUGGGGGCGACCCACCGGCCCAACUACGUGCUUCAGAUGAUGUCGGAGUGCAUGCGCUCGUGCCACAUGGACCCAAUGCACCGCGUGGCCAUGGAGGCCAAUUUCGCGACAUUCGCGGAUGACAUCGGAGGCAGCGAGCGUCUCUUCAAGACGCCCAUCCCGCUCUCCUACACGCGCCUCACCUCGCGCUUCCUCGUCCUCUACCACAUGUUCCUGCCUUUCGCCCUCUGGGACCCCCUCGGCUGGCUCACCAUCCCUGUGACUGCCACGUGUGCGGCCAUCUUUUUCUGCAUUGAGGAGGUCGGAGUGCUCAUUGAGAACCCCUUCCCCAUCCUGGCGCUCGACGUCAUCGCUCAAUCAGCACGGAACAAUGCUGGUGAGCUCGUGUCGCUGCAUGAGGGCAUGCGCAACCUAGUGGUGGAGGACGAUUUGGAGAUGAAGAUGCUGUCAGCAGUCUCCCAAGAAGCACUGCUGCCUCAUGCGCCUCAGUACGUACCUGAGCCCGAACCCGAGUACCAGUCUGACUGGGAUGAAGACGCAGCUGCUCUUGUCACCACCCCCACCCCGCCUCCUCCUACCCCCAAUGGUCCCAUUGCUGCUCGUGGCCCUUACAGCAUGUGA